GAGCCGGCUUGCGAAUCUCUUCACCCUGAACCCUGCUGGUGAGAUCUUACAAUGCAGCUGGAGUCUCUCUUGCACAGUGGCUAUUUCCACCCCGUGCUUCGCUCGUGGCAGACGUCGGCCACUGCUUUUGAUGCCACCAAUCUCAUCUACCCCAUCUUUGUCACGGACAGCCCUGAUGCCGUGGAGCCCAUUCCCAGCCUGCCUGGCCAGGCCCGGUAUGGCGUCAACAAGCUGGAGGAGAUGCUGCGCCCCCUGGUGGCUGAUGGUCUGAAGUGCGUUCUGAUAUUUGGAGUCCCAACUAAAGCAGCCAAGGAUGAACGAGGCUCUGCUGCCGACUCAAAGGACACACCGGCAAUCCAGGCUGUGAAGACGAUCCGGACUGAAUUCCCGGAGCUGCUGAUCGCCUGUGAUGUCUGCCUGUGCCCGUACACGUCUCACGGACAUUGUGGCAUCCUUCGGGAGGAUGGCACCCUCCAGAAUGAGGCCAGCUGCCAGAGACUGGCAGAGGUGGCACUGGCCUAUGCCAAGGCAGGAUGCCACAUUGUGGCCCCCUCGGAUAUGAUGGACGGACGCAUCCGAGCAAUAAAGGAGGCCCUGAUCGCCAACGACAUGGGCAACAAGGUUUCGGUCAUGAGCUACAGUGCCAAGUUUGCUUCCUGCUUCUACGGCCCUUUUAGAGAUGCAGCCUUGUCCAAACCCGCCUUUGGAGACAGACGAUGCUACCAGCUUCCUCCAGGCGCCCGAGGAUUGGCUGUGCGAGCCGUGGACCGGGAUGUGCGAGAAGGAGCAGAUAUGCUUAUGGUAAAGCCAGGGAUGCCCUAUCUAGACCUUGUGCGGGAAGUCAAGGAUAAACAUCCCUCCCACCCACUGGCUGUUUACCACGUCUCAGGGGAGUUUGCCAUGUUGUGGCACGGAGCACAAGCUGGGGCCUUUAACCUGAAGACUGCAGUUCUGGAGGCCAUGGCAGGGUUCAGACGAGCAGGGGCUGAUAUCAUCAUUACAUACUACGUGCCUCAGCUCCUGCGGUGGCUUAAAGAAGACCAGGCAUGAACCAUGCGUCUCCCUGUUCCCUGCAAUGGGAGAGCAAGAAGGAGCUUGGAAGGGGGUUGGC